CCUCGCCCGGGGGAGCGUCCACGCCGCAGAACGCCGCCCCGCACCCCGCCGGCCCCGUCUACAUCGACGGCAAGGCCAUGAAGGAGAUGGCGGUGCUGACGUCGGCGACGGCCUGCGCGCCCAUCACCUCGCACACCCAGCCCGGCUCGGUGCCAAACAUCGCGACGUGCGCCGUGGACUGGGGCGUGGCCGGGCUCACCACGGGCUCCAACACGCUGUGCAGCUCGGGCUCCGGGCUCGGCGAGCCGCCCAAGGAGAAGCUGUCCUUCACGGACCGGCUGCACGGCCUCGGCGAGCGCCUCAGCGCGCUCUCCAUGCACAGGGGCGAGGGGGACCAGCUCGGCCGCACCAGGACAGGUAGCGUGGGCGCCUCGGUGCACCCCCUGCUCACCGUCACCCACACGUCGUACUCGUGCCACGAGGUGCUGGACAAGCAGCGCUCCAGCGAGUCGUCGCCGAGCCACAGCCACAGCCAGGUGUCGCGCAACUCCAGCCGCAAGUCCAACAACUCGCUGCUGCACGUGACCAACGGCAAGCUGGACGGUGAGGCCACGCAACACUCCGGGCACGCAGUCUAG